AUGUCUAUGGCAAGUGCAAUUGUUCCUGAAACGCUGAGACAUGAUCUCUGGGAUUUGAUUGAAUCGCCAAGUGGAACGGAACCUCCUAAUCAAGAAGUUGCGCCUAAAGCGGAAUAUAAGGCUUGGAGGAAGAAAAAUGCCACUGCUUUACAUGCAAUUCAAAUUUGCCGCAGACCUUAUAUGAAUUUUAAGUCUGAGCUGAGCACCGAUUCAGCCAAAAUUGCUUGGGAUAAUUUGGCCAAGUCUUUUAGAAAGCCAUUGCCAGUUCCAAAAGGCAAUGCUGGAAAGUUUCAAAUUCGUGACACAGACUCCGAGUUUGACGACUUUGACCAUACAAACUCCGACCUUGACACAGACAAUGGCACUGGAAAGGCUAAGGAUGGCAAUACUCGAUUUGCUGGCCUAGCUGACUCUGUAUAUAGAGGUGGCUGGCAUUCAACAAUGAACUUUCUUGACAGACAUGUUGGUACGAUCAUAGCCAGAACUAGUCUAGAGAAGCUGAGAAAAAAGCACUGCAAUAAUUUUAGGCGUCUUUGUCAGAAUAGUACAUGA